UCAAUCUCCUUCCCCCCAAGAAAUUAAAGUUAACAAACAUUACUUUGCAAUUCGUCAUUUAACUCCACUAUUUCAUCAGCGAACUUAUGGUCAAACGGUGGAUGUUAAUUUGUCCUGUGACUCUUGCUUGAGCGUGUAUGCUUGUGAUGUCGGAAAGACCGACUUUUAGGUAUAUGGAACUGGAAGGCAACGAAACGAAGUCGGUCGAUAUUCAAGCAGGAAUCAACUGCCAGUAACAAUCAGUGAUCAACUGUAUGCCCGACAAAGAUGGCAGUAAAACACAAUUCACCGGUUCCUCCCGAUGGUGGAUGGGGCUGGGUGGUUGUCGUUGGCAGCAGUGUCAGCUUGCAUUUUGCUCUGUUCAUCCGCUGCAUCGGGGUCUUCUUCAACGAGUGGAGACAGUUCUUCGACGCUUCGGCCACGGCGGUCGGAGUCGUGGGCAGUGUCCAUCUGGCCGCAUUUCUAUUCAUGGGGCCUCUGGCGGGAUAUCUCUGCAAUCGAAUUGGCUCACGGAAACUAGCUAUCUUGGGCGGUAUGAUGACAUUCACCAGUUUCCUUGUCACGUCUUACGCUAAAACCCUGUUGCACAUCAUCUUGAGCUUUGGUGUUUUGGGAGGGGUUGGCUGCGGUUUUGUCUUCGUCAGCGCCGUAACCAUUAUCACUAAGUACUUCAAGAAGCGAUACGCUACAGCCCACAGCAUCAGCAACAGUGGUUCCGGCUUGACCAUUGUCGUUCUACCAUUGCUGGCUCGCUUUCUCAUUGAUCUGUACAGCUGGGACGGAGCUAUGUUUAUCCUUGCAGCCGCAUCAGCCAACAUGUGCGUCUGUGGUAUGCUGUUCCGACCUUUGGGACCGAGUGGCAGGGAGUUGUCAGAUGAAGAAAGACCUCGGCUCUGCAAAGAAACUGGAGCGUUGUCAUUGCAAGAUGAAGUGCUCAACGGAGGCCUAAGAGGUUCUCGUGGAAAUGUUUACAGGAAGAUCUCAUCAACUUCCGAUGGCCAGCCUGGAGGGUCGGAAAAGACUGAUCUUAAGGUCAAGGAAAAUCCAGAUGGGAAACCUCACAGGAAGGUGGCAACAAGCUCUGGAACAGAGUCUGGGUCAGAAGGGGUGGUCAAAACCAAUAAUGGUUUCUCAGAGGGAAAACCGCAGAAGAAGGUCUCCAUAUGCCCUGAUUACAUUGCUGAGACUGAAGGUGCUGUAAACCUCAAGGGCGUUUCAGACGGGCAGCUACAAAGGAGCCUCUCUGAGAGCUAUGGUUGCAGUUCCGAUGUACAGGAAGGAGAACUACCAAGAUUAUCAGAAGUAUCCGUGUCAGGGGCUCAAUUAAAUGGAGUGUCUGUCAACCUCAGUGCCAGGAUGGAACAGCGUAGGCCAACCAUGGCGUCCAUUUAUCUGGGGCACAUUGCCCGAGGUAGUGGGCUGUUUCUCCUCAAGACGAGGUUCCGCUUCAGCUUCCUCUGCCUUUUGCAGGCAGUGCAGAAUAUUGCCUUCUCUUCUGUCACAAUCCACUUUGUCCCCAUGACAAUCGAAGCUGGGAUAUCCAAACUGGAUGCUGCCGUACUGAUGUCCAUCAGCGGUGUUGGAAGCCUGUUCGGCCGUCUGGCUCUCGGCCAGUUGAUUGACUGCAAAGUCGUAGGCUCACUCAAGAUAUACUUCUUUGCUGUUCUGACGUGUGGUGUGGCCAUGGUCGUCUGUCCAUCCCUCCAAACCUUCGCAGGGUACCUCGUCUUUGCUCUUGUCUUUGGCUUUAUGUCUGGAACCUACAAGUCCCUCUCAGCCGUCUUGAUCAGAGAGUUUGUUGGGGCAGAUCUUAUGCCGCUUGCACUGGGGAUUUUCAUGCCUUUUAUAGGUAUCGGCAUUGUAACUGGACCAACUCUUGCAGGUUGGCUGUAUGACAUCCGGGAGAAUUACGACCUAGCCUUCUACAUCACCGGCAGCAUCUUGGUUCUGAGCUCCUCUCUUCUCCUGCUGAUGCCCUAUCUGAAGAGGCUGGAGGACAGACGUCGUCACGACAGUGAAACAAACGAUGCUUUGGAAGAAGAACUAGCUGCAGGUGCCUUACGUAUAGGUAGUGUUCAGUCACUCGAUGCAAUUUAGCUAGCAUGGAGUUGGCACACUACUUAAGUACAGGGUGGUAAAGACGGUUCCUGUUUCACCUUCUUUAUGCACAUUUUCUAAAUGAUACAGUCGUUUUUCUUACAGAGUGAGUAAAAAAAAAAAGCGGAACCCAAACCCCCCAAAAUAUAUAUUUCAUGUUUUAAAAUAUAUG